CUUCAUGACCACACUGCUCCACGGUGAAACAGAAGGGAUUUAAAGAAGACACACCUUUGACACUAUUGGUCAGGAGUCUCUCCAGCACCUUAGCUGUAUGAUGACGGGAGGGCCAGCAGGCACCUAAGGAGGUGCUAAAUGACUGCUACAAGAACAGAGAGCAGGCCUGCAGCUGGGAUGAGGCACCAGUGCUAGCUAGUUACAGAGGAACUCUACGGUCAGACCGACACACACACACAGCCUGCAGCUCAUACGAUCACCUCACAGCUCGUCUAGCACAUCGUCAACUCCAUUGGUAAAGUUUGCAAAGGGACAGCUCAGCAAUGGCAGUCACAUGUUGGCUGAUAAACUGCAGGGCGUUUGUUAUCAGGUGAGAGUCACUGCACAAGCUCUGUAAUAGAAAAAAAGGGUUACGUUAACUUUGAGUUCAACAGUAAUCUUAAGUUGUAUUUUCUGUGAAGACCACAGGAGGGAGUCUUUUCCAUCACUGUGUGUGGGAAAGCACACUACUGAGCCCUAUCAGCCAGCAGCUGCCAAGAUUGGUGACUUCAUUGAUGAAUCAUGGUAACUUGUUGGAAUUCAUCUCCCUGGAUACGUCACAAUAACAAUAUGUCAAUCAAUAUUGUUAGAAGGAUAUUACAAGAUUCUUAUUUAAGAAUAUGAGAUAUGUUGAUUUCCAUGACCUGGCUCUCACAGAUCAACGUAAACCCACCAGAGGUCUGUCUACCUGUGCUUCAGGUGAUGUGACACCUGUAGAUGAGCCCUCCUUUCUAUAUGUAGAUCUGGCUUCCCAGACAGAAAGAGAGAGCAGGGAAGCUUUAUUUGACCUGCAGCUGGCUCACUUGGUCCUCAUCAUCACCUAAUACUUCUGGACUGGACUGGACUGGACUGCCAACACAGUGGAUCUCUACUACACCAGCAGGCUUGCCCCUCUGUCUAACCCUAAUGGGUUUAUUGCAAGGAUUACCAUCUCUACUAUUGCCUGGUACUAAGGAUUAGGACUGAAACAUGGAGGGGGCCAGUGUCUUCAUCACUGUUCAGAAGGUCUACUACCCUCUGCUGUGCAUUCUGGGGAUUCCAGUUCUACAUGAUCUGCUUCCGUAACUGUGGGAUGUCUGAUACGGCCAUCAUCUACCUGAGCUGCCUGGGCCAUCAUUGGACACCUUCUACCUGGUGUCAAGAUUACCAGGCUGACCUGCGUGGGGCUAUCAUCCUGGUCUCCCACCUGGCCUCCGUGCCCAUUGGCUAGAUCAACGUGAUGACGCUGAAGAAUUUCACCAUAGAGGGGAAGAAUGUGACUCGUCCCCGGUGUCACUACAGGAACCAUAUCUAGUCUACCGUCCUGGUGUGGGUUACUACGUGUCAGAAGAAUGGACUCUUUCACAGAUUCCCGUCGUCACAGAAGUAUUCCGGUGGAGACAGAUGAGUCAAUGACAUCAUCAACGCUGAACCUAGCAUUGCCCUUGGACUGUGGGCAGUGCUCAGAACACAGAAAGAGGCCAAAGGAAGAGGCCUGGUUCGCCCCUGAGGUAACCGUCAAUGACGUAGGCCAGGUGGAAUACCCCAAGGACUCCUGGAGAACCCCUAUGGAAGACCCUCUGGGUAACCUUCGACCCCAGCCCAGAGCUCCCUACCUGCAUCAGAAAGACAUGUCCCCACACACCCCUGACCCUGUCGACCUCAGGUUACACCCCUACAGAGAGAGGGCUCAGUGGACUGAGGAUGAGGACUUCUCUUUCUCUGGGAUUCUCCGGCGGGGAGCUGAGGGCUUCCCUGGUCCACCCAGCUGUCCUCGACCUCAGGACUGUUCCCUUAAAGGAGGAGAACACUUGGAGGCCCCUCUUCCUCUCAGGUCUGACUUAAAUGACAUCCACUGUGUCCCUCCGAAAUACCCAGCACACAUGCCUCCUCAAUGCCCUGAUCCUGUGCACGGCAGGUGUCCGAGACUGUACACAUGUCAGAAACCCGUAAAUCAAACCCGCCCCCUCUAUAAUCGUCAUCAUUAUAACCAUCUUCACCCUACGGAACCUCAGCGGGAGCUUCAGCAAGACCCACCAUCCUGGACUCCCACGGCUCAAAACAGACUACAUGGACAAGGAGCUCUAAAAGCCCCCAGUUUCAAUCUUCCUCAGAGUGGGGCCCCUCCCAGAGAGUUGAUGUCUGAGGUCAGUGUGGUGCCCUCUUACCCAGUGACCCCCGGCCAACCAGGUGGGGGAGGAACAGCUACACAGGAACUGAGGAAGACCAUCAGUUUACCUGAGGAGUGCAGGAAUGUUUUUAUUACGUAUUCUGUGGACACAGCCAGUGAGAUGUUUACCUUCGUGAAGUUUCUGAUAGAUCAGGGCUUUAAACCAGCUAUUGACAUGUUUGAUAAUGCAGUCAGGAGAAUGGACAUCAACAAGUGGAUGGACAGCUAUUUAAAGGAUAAGUCAGUGCUGAUCAUCGUGGUCAUCAGUCCUAAGUACAAGGCAGACGUGGAGGGAUACGGGGAGGAUGAGCAUGGUCUCCACACUAAGUACAUUCACACUCAGAUCCAGAAUGAGUUCAUCCAACAGCACUGCCUUAAUUUCCGACUGGUACCCGUAUUAUUUCCCAAUGCUACCAAGAGACAUGUCCCCGCCUGGCUCCAGAGUACCAGGAUCUACCGCUGGCCCCAGGAUACCCAAGACUUGGUUCUCCGUUUGCUAAGAGAGGAACGCUAUAUCGCCCCCUCUCUGGGGAAAGAGAUGACCCUCUCUAUACGGCCCCUCUGAGAACUGCUAAACUGAUAUAGACAGAUUGUUUCUCUGGUACAUAAUUGACUUGGAUGUUUCUAUGGCAAAUGAUUAUAGCCUUUUUUUGUACUCAACUGAAAUGGUGUGUGGGCGGAGGCGUGUAGCUUAGCACAAUUCUCAAAUAACCACAAGAUGGCAGUAUUUACUUUUUCACGUUUCAAGUCCUAAAAAUGUGCUUGCUUGACAUGUUAGGAGUUAAUAGUUACGCCUGACAUUGUGUGGUGACUGACUGUGUUCCUAAUAUUAUGUGAUCUGAAUAUAUAUUUUAAUGGGAAGUAAUAAUGGCCUGUUGACUGUGAGGUUGUUGAAUUUACAUGCCACACUUUUUUAUAUCGUAGCCUAUACUAUGUAGUUACUACUGUAUUACCCAGAAUAGCACUAAACCAUGAGCAAUAUAAAGGUCUCACACUUCUUUGGGUUAUAGCAGAUAAAUAGAACAGGAUGUAAAGGUGCUUUUAGGGGCCCCCUAUUCAUCCAUGAUUUAAGAUCCACAGAGGGGCCACAGGAAGAAUCUGUCACUAAAACAUCAAUCUUCUGCAACAGAGGGAGGGGCUGGGGUUCACACCUAUUUUGCUCUUUACACUUGUAUUUUAUCUGUGGUGGUUUCAUCUUCCUUUGAUUAGCCAAACAAAACUAUUUUCUGUCAAUAAUGGCAAUCAUACUCCCCUGUAAAUAACAAUAAAGUAUUAAAAUGGUUGGUACUGUA